GUGUGUGUGUGUGUGUGUGUGUGUGUGUGUGUGGGCUGUUUUGCUGUUGUGUACAUUAUGUUGUAUUAUAGUUUUUUAUUAAUUUCACGACCAAAUCGACAAUAAUAAUUGUUUUUUUAUCGUCUACCGGACUGAUCGCGCGCGCGUUAACCGUCACGUUACAUUCACACAGGGUAUUAUACAAUAUUAUAUUAUAUUUAAUCGAAUUGUGUACAAGUAUACAAGUAUAAGCGUAAGGUGCGUUUCGACACGCGACGAAUCGAUAAGAAUUAAUAGCAGCACCGUCCAAGUAGUGCACCCACGUCUUGUUAAACCGAAUUUAUAACAUUUAUCAAUUAAUCGCCAUCAUGGAAGUGGACGAGGACGACAAUAAUUGCAACCGGAAAUCGCAGCCGGACACGGACGACGAUGGAGGCGAACAAGAAGAAACCACCGCUGUGUAUUCUUUCUGCGAGACCAGCCACAAGGACUGGGAUGAAAACGACCGAGUGGGAUACUUGGAAGAACAAUACGAUAUCCUUCACUCAUCCGUCAUAGCCUUAACUUCGCAUUUUUCACAGGUACAACUGAGAAUACAUCAGGUCAUCGAAGCCCCGGACGAAGAGAAAAAGGACUUAUUAAACAAUCUCGAGGAAUUCGCGUUCAAAGGCAUCCCGAACGUUUACACGAAUUGCUCGUUGAACCAUUUGCUCGUGACCACGAACAACGACGACGACCAAAUGGUUGAAAAAAAACAUCAGGUACAAAUCGAAGUGAUCAACGAAAUGAAAAAACAACUAGAAGACUUGGAAUAUCACAUUUACAACAACAGAGACGAGUUUGACUUGCCCGAAAGUUUUGUGGACAUUUUCCGGGAAAGACAGAACAAUAUAAUAAACCAAGUGGAAAAAAAACUCAACGUCAGCAUAAAAGAUCCGAAAAACAUCUCUGUUGGCGAACUCAAAGAAGAAGUCGACAACGCAAUUCAAAAAUUAGUCAACCCGAUGAAAGCGACGGAACAUCUUGUCGGCCAGCUGAAGACGCAAAUCGCCGACCUGGAACGGUUUAUCGAAUAUUUGCAAACCGGAAAAAUUAAAUUAAGAACGACGGGGGAGAAAAUCACCAUAACGUCGACGACUGGCAAGGAAAAAUCGUCGGACAGAAAAUCCAGCAAAGAAUUGAACACGAUGAGCGCCGUCCAAAGGCUGUCGGCCAUCUUGCACAUGUUUAUCGGCACUCAGAUGUCGUGUAGCCAGAGACAUUUCAAGAAGAACACACUGAAGAAAACGCCGAAAAUCAAUCACUGGGGUGACCAAAGGGCCAACCUGGAGUUGGUCGUGGCCGACCUGCUGGAAAUCCUGGACGUGCCGGAAACCCACAACGACAGCGAUUACAUGUCCGACUCGGAAGGCGCCCUGGCAGCGAUGGAGUGCAACGGCAAAAUCGCUUCGAUUGUCCGCAAACGUCUGGCGCCGGCCGUUCAACACUUGAUGCAACACGGUCUCAUGGUGGUGGGCCAAAGCACUAGCGUGGUGCCGUUCGUGGACUGUCUGCACCCCAGAACGAACAAUUCCAAAUCGAACAUGCACGCGUGGGAGCUGAUACUUAAGUACUACGAGUUGAAAAACGGCGACUCUUUCAACUCGACGCCCGCCCGGAAACUGUCGCAGAGUUUCAAUUUGGACAUCGAAGGCUGCAAGUCGUCCAAUUCCCACAAACAAUGUCUGUUGUCAAUUAUCGGAAGUAUCGUGUCGUCGCAUUCGCGGUACAAACGAAGCUACGAUUCAUGUUUCAAGGCCUUGGUGUGCGCCGGUCUCAACUCGAAAACGUUAGUCAAUUGGUUGAGAUUUGUGUUCAAGUGUCAGCCGUUGGUCGAAAUGUAUUACCAACCGUGGAGCUACGUGGGCCAAACGGGCUUCGAAGACGCUCUGCGGUCGUUGGCCAAACUCAAUCAUUACAGUUUCGACCUGCCAGCCGACUUGGCCGUAAGACAAUUGCAAAACAUCAAAGACGCCUUUUAGCGGUUGUCUUACGAAAACUAUGCACACGUUUACUUACGCUGCACUACCUCUGAUUGUAAUUUAUGUUUGUUUUUAUUUUCAUCGAUUCCCAUCACCGGUACUGUACCGUACGCUGUUAUCUAGUAAUAGUUGUCGUGUUGCAUAAUAUACUUGUACAUAUAUUAUUAUUAUUAUACAAAAUACAUGCAAACG